AUGAUACGCACUCCACCAAGCCAACUGAAUCCAAAUAUCCAAGACGGGGAAAAAGGUGCAGACAAUCAGGACAAAGUACCAGAAAAUGAAUCUGUUGUCUCUGACGUAUCGAAAAGAGGCACAUCGCGAAGCAGCAUAACUGACAGCCAAAUCAAGCUCUUAGAUCUUGAGGAGGAAAAUGAGGAGGCGGAACUGCGUGCUUCUAUUGAACAAGACAGGAUUGUAGCCGAACAGAAACUAGCCGAAUUGCAGAUUCAGCAUGACCUGGCACUGAAGACGGAACAAAGGAAAGCUGCGUUUCUGAAGCGACAACGUGAGCGAAAUUUGAGAAAGGUUGAGCUGCUGUCUAGAUCGAGUACCUCGAGCAGAUCGAGUGCGUACACUAAUGCGUCUAAGCGUGUUGAGGAGUGGGUUGCUGAGGCAGAAAAGGUAAGGCCACACAACGAAUAUGAAGAAUCAUCCCACCGGAUGAAUCAUGCAUUUUCACGAGAAACCGUAGUACGGAAUACGUCGACACCUGGCGUAAGAAACGCGACAGCACCCGAGCCUGGGGUGAACGAAAUCUUGUCUCAGGCCUUUAAAGCGUUGCAGAGUCGAAACAUGAAAGACCUGCCCUCGUUUUCGGGUGACGUAAUGGAAUGGACGAUUUUCGAAAGCGAAUUUAAAACGUCAACUAAGGAAUAUAAACUAACUGAUCGCGAUAACCUGAGACGGUUGAACAAAGCGUUGCAAGGUAAAGCGCGCAAGACUGUGGAAUCACUGCUUGCAUCCCCUGAGAAUGUGCAGCAGAUUAUACGAAUGUUGCAGUCAAACUUCGGACGCACCGAAUGGGUGGUGGCAAAUAGACUAGAAGCGCUAAGAAACCUGGAGAUCGUAAAAGAAGGUAACAUCGAAUCUUUCCGUGCCUUUUAUAAUGCGGUAAUUGGUACCAAGGUUGCGAUGACCAACGCGAAGGCGGAUAACUACCUGAUGAAUCCCGAACUCAUCUCUCACCUGGCUGAUAAACUGCCUGCUUUCAGCAAACAGAUGUGGAUUCGGCAUAAGGCCGCUUUGAUGAAAGAAGGCGUUAUUAUCGAGUUUAACACUUUCUCGCGUUGGUUGGAGGAUGAAAUGGACAACCAACUUGCUAGUCUCAAUCCUGUAUUUAGCGCCAAGAAGGCCAACUACCAGCUCAAGCCGAAACCGAUGGUUCUGAAUGUCAACUGUCGCGACGAUGAAGGAACAAAGAUUUGUCCUUUGUGCUCGGCAAAUUCUCACGUUGGUCUAGACAAGUGUGAACAGUUCCAUAAGCUGUCUGUUGCUCAACGUCGGUCUGCUGCUAAUUCCUGCAAAGUCUGUUACAUCUGCCUCAAGUCAGAUCACUCCAGAAGAAACUGCAAGUCCGAGAAAAAAUGUUCAAUCUGCAAGAAGAAUCAUCACGAGUUAGUCCACUCCGACGAUUCUGCGAGGAACUCGAAGUACACCCGUACGAACACGUGUAACAGUCAGCAGAAUGUAUGCAAUGUCCAUGGCAAAAAUAUGAAUACACUGCUCCGAGUAGGAAAGGUGAGGAUCCAAGGUCCGAGAGGUACAGCAGAAUUAUUUGCACUUUUCGAUGAAGGUUCGUCUCUGUCGAUGAUGGAUGCUGCAGUUGCGGAGAAUAUUGGAUUGCGAGGACCGAUCGCUCCUGUGUCCUAUCGUUGGACUAAUGGUAUUUUGCACAAGGAAGAACAGUCGAUGAUGCUGUCGUUUCGCAUUUCCGGACCAUCGGAGCAAGCGAAAUGGUAUAACGUUAGCAAUAUCCAAACUGUGCAGAAUAUCGCUCUACCUCCGGUGAAAUUCGACGUUGCGAAUAUCAAGCGAUUGUAUCCUAUGUUAGACGAUGAUAAAUUAGUUGCGAUCCAGGAUGCCUGUCCCUGUAUACUGAUUGGCUCGAAUAAUGCGGGCCUGAUUGUACCUCUGAAGACGGUGCAAUAUUCGCUUCAAGGCUUGCAAUUGACUCGUUGUCACCUGGGAUGGACGAUCCAUGGAGUAAUAGAUCCGACCAUUGCUGGAUCGAAUAAACAUCAUGCAUUCCUGUGCUCAGAAAAUGAUGACAUUGAACUUACUGAUCUGGUGAAGAAAAUGUACAAAGUUGAAAAUUUUGGGAUUUCUGGUCAGAUGGCGAAAAUAGCCGAUGAAGAUCAGCGUGCACUAGAUAUCAUGAACCGCACGAUCAAACGGCGUGGGGAACGAUUCGAGGUAGGCCAGAUUUACAAAUACAACAACUUUGACUUCCCGGAUAGCAAACCACAAGCGCUACGUCGGCUCCAGAUUAUCGAAAAGAAAAUGGACUCAAACCCCGAAUUCGCUGAGCGAUACUGCAACAAAAUUCAAGACUACGUUGAUAAGGGGUACGCUAGGAAAUUGGAACCUGAAGAAAUAGCUGAAACAUCGAACACCUGGUACCUGCCACACUUCAGUGUGGUGAGCUCCGAGAAGUUCCGUUUGGUCAUGGAUGCCAAAGCAAAGUCACAUGGGUUUUCUCUGAACGAUCUGUUACUGAAGGGUCCCGAUUUAGUUCCACCACUGAUUGCGAUUCUGAUCCGCGCCAGAAUGAAAAGGAUUGCUUUUGUCGCGGAUAUCAAGGAAAUGUUUCACCAAGUACUCAUCCGUAGAGAAGAUCAAGACUCCCAACGUUUCCUGUGGCGUGGUAUGAACCGUAUGGACCCUCCCAGCGUGUACGUUAUGAUGGUGAUGAUAUUUGGCGAUGUUUCGUCUCCAUCGAUGGCGCUAUUCAUUAAGAACUUCAACGCGAAAGAGCUUGAAGAAAAGUACCCUGGUGUUGAACGAGCUGUCGUCAAACAACAUUAUGUGGACGAUUAUUUUGAUUGUGCUGACACGGAGGAAGCGGCAAUCGAAAUGGUUCAGCGUGUGAUAAAGGUACACGAACAAGGUGGAUUCAAGCUGCUAAAGUUCUCGUCGAACUCCAGAGCUGUGUUGGAUUCACUCGAUCCUGAAAUAGUAGCGGAACAGAAACAGGAUGGUAUUCGUGUCCUCGGAAUCAAGUGGGACCUGCAGUCCGAUGAAUUUGUAUUUCCAUUGAAUUUUCCAAAACUGGAUGCGUUGUAUCGGACCGGGAAAGCGGUGCCUACGAAGCGGCAACUGUUGAAAUUUAUGAUGGGCAUCUUUGACCCGCUAAGUUUACUCAGUCCUGUUACGAUUCAACUGAAGUUCAUCUUUCAAGAACUGUGGCGGCUGCAGUCCGGAUGGGAUGAUGAAAUUCCGGACGGUCUUGUUCCCAGAUGGAUGGAGUGGUUAAAUGAAACUGCAAAACUAGGAGAAAUACGACUGCCAAGAUACUACUAUCCAACGGUACCGUCAUUCGAUAAUGUGGAAUUACACGCUUUCUGUGACGCGAGUGAUAAGGCCUUCGCUUGUGUGAUCUACAUGGUUCAUCGUCGAGAGGGUAAGUCACACGUUGCUUUGGUUUAUGCAAAAUCAAGGGUAGCGCCCCUGAAGGCACAAACCGUGCCGCGAUUGGAACUGCAAGGAUGCGUUCUGGCCAGCCAAAUGAUCCAUGUACUGCAGUCAGAGCUGACGAUAGAAGUCAAGAAGAUUUUCUUCUGGAGUGACUCGAAGAUCUGUUUGAGUUGGCUGAAGACAAAUCAAAAACUGACGGCAUACGUUGGUGCUCGCGUUAUGCAAAUCAAAGAGAAUGGUCACGGCGUAGAGUUGUGGCAUUGGCUUCCGUCGCAGCUGAACGUGGCCGAUUUGGCUACGAAGUGGUCUAAGUUUGGCAGCAUGCUAGAAUGGGUUCGUGGUCCAGACUUCAUUUAUCGUGAUAGUGUCAACUGGCCGAAUUACGAACCGUUGGAGAUGUCUUCUGCAGAGCUUGUGAGUUUCCACUCGGAACUGGAUUGCACGGAGCAGUCCCUGAUGGCCUGGAGAACUACUACCACUACUACGAUGGCUGGCGCUGCUUUUGCUGCUGCUGCUAGUGCCAGUGGAAACGCGCGCGUGCUCAUCUGCCAAGCCGAAUGGUGUGUAGUUGUGCACGACGCGGAAGAAGAAGAUCUGCGCGCUGCUCCGUAA